AGCAAAAGCAGCAGCAACAGCAGCAACAGCAGCAGCAACAGCAGCAACAAUAGCACUUCCAACACUAAAAGCAGAAGCAACGCCAGCGGGGACGUUCGCAAAACCAGCGGCAACAGCACUCCCAGGACUGCAACCACCACGCCAAACACAAACAGCUGCAAGAUCGAUUCUCAUCACACCACCCUCCCCAGUAGCCGUUCCUUUCUCUCCGCAUGGCCUGGUAGCAGCAGGAGCAACAGCAGCAGCAACAGCAGCAACAGCAACAGCCUUGCUGCACUGGCCGCCCUUCCUUUGCGUGCUCUACACGGUAUUUCGACAAAUCGGGAAGCGGCGCUGCAGCAGGAGACGGGCUGCUGCAGCUGCCUCGACCUGCUGCUGCAUUUUCUUCCCGUCAAAUAUCUCGCCAUCAACACCGUUGCAACUGCAGCAGGCCUCGAGCAGGCGGCAGCAGAAGCAGCACAACCUGCACCCUCUUCCAGCAGAGCAGCACAUGCGGCCCCUACAGCCGAUGCAGCAGCGGGAGAGAAGCGGCAUGCGUUGCUGCCAGCCACGCAGGAGCAACGCUCCACAGCAGAACCCUCCGCAUUAGACGACUCCCCACUGCUGCUGGAUAGCUUUAAGGCGGGGGACGCAGUAGAGCAGCAGCAGCAACAGCAGCAGCAGCAGCAGCAACAGCAGCAGCGGGAUGCGGAUGAUGCCGAAAAGGAGGCGCCUCUGCACCUCCAAGGAGGGCCAGUCACCUUUGUGGGCUGCUUAGAGAGGAUUUCCCACUGCCGCCUGCGGAGCCCAGGUCGGCUGAUGCUUUCAACGGCUAAAGUACAAGGUCUCUUAGAGGGAAGCUGCAGCGCUGCUCCUGAAGACGGCUCUGCUGUCUGCAGCGGCGAGAAGAGCGGCGGUAGGGAGGGCAGCAACGAGAAAAAGAAGAGGAGAAGCAAGAAGAAAGACGAGGUCCCCGCUCUGCGAGUAUCCUGGAUCGGAAAAUUUCGCCAGCUGCUCCAGCUUCGCGCUGGCCAGAUUGUCGCCGUGACGGGAAAGGCAGUUAAAAAGGAGAGGAGUCGCGCCUUGACCAUGGUUAAUCCCAAGAUUGAAAUCCUUGCAUCCUCGGAAGAAGCCUUCCGGUCUUCUGCCAGCGCUGCUGCUCUUGCCGGUGUACCUGUAGGAGAGGACGGCACCAGCGACAGCACUGAACGCAGGGCAGCUGCAUUGCUAUUCUUACCGGCGUCACCAGUCAGAAGAGAGCUUGAGGACGACGAGAUGGCAGCAGGAGCAAUCUUGAAGGAUGCAAUGAAGGAACUUCUCGCGAGUGUAGCUAGAGCUCCUGAUUUGCUGCCAAAGGCGAUUAGGGAGAAGAGGUGCUCAUGGGAUGUCUUUCGUCGCGUUGUUGCGCUUGCUGCUUUCCCAGCUUUCGCCGAGGCUCUAAGGAGGCUGCACUUUCCUCGAGUGGCCUCGGAGCUGCCAGAUGCUCGCAGGAGGAUCGCGUUUGAUUUGCUUCUUUGGAUGCACCUUGCUGCAGAGUUGCGGCUGCUAAAGGCUCUAGCAGAAAUCGAAGCGGACAUGCGCAUGCCAAGACCUAUGCGACGCCUUGUGCAAGGCGAUGUGGGGAGCGGCAAGACAAUAGUUGCAGCCGGAGCGAUGGUUCUUGCAGCCUUGAGUGGCCGGCAAGCCGCGCUGCUCGCACCUACUACUGCUUUGGCACGGCAGCAUAAGAAAGUUAUCGGGGAGCUGCUGGCGCCUCUAGGCCUCAAGGUGUCUCUGUUAACAGGAAACGUCCCUAGCAAAGAAGAGAUCACCCGAGCCAUCAACGCCGGCGAGCAGCUGAUCGUUGUGGGAACUCAUGCACUGUUGCAGCGCUACGUUCGAUUUCCUCGGCUGGGCCUCUUGGUGAUUGACGAGCAACACAAAUUUGGAGUGCACCAGCGCAGCAAGCUGCUGAGAGACUGCAUGAAAGGCCCUCCCUACGGUCCUGCUGCUGCUGAGAAGGCGCAGCCUCAGGGGGAGGAGAAGGGCGGCGCGGAGGAGGCGAAGGGACUCUGCGACGUUUUGCUGCUAACAGCAACACCCAUCCCGCGUACGCAGCUGAUGUCUCACUGUGGCCUGCUGCAGCUAUCCAGACUGCAGCGGCGAACUGAAGGGGCCUCCUUAGCACCAGGACCAGGGGUACCAGGCGGAGGAGCAACACAUGCUUCAGCAGGAAGGCCGUCAUUGGCUGCUGCUUCUGCUUUCGACGCCAUCCGUAUUACUCCGCCGUUGAAGGCAAACGCCGAGGGCUCACCUCAAGAGCUCCUAAAAGAGGUCGCCGAAGGAUCGACGCCUAGAGUCUUCACCAAAGUCGUGGACCGGUCUGACAAGAACGCCCUUGAAGAGGUCUACAAGGAGCUUCAAGACUGCGUGACGGCUGGACGCCAAGCCUACUGGAUCUGCCCCUUUGUCGAAGAGACAGGCGCGUCUCUCGGCGCUGGCAUCACGAGCAGCAGACGCUGGGGGUGCAUGCAGGAAGGGGGAGAGCGAAGCCACCGCACUGCGUCUCGGGCCUUUAGGGAACUGCAGCAAAAAUUGCCCCACAUUCGGUUUGGCUUGCUGCACGGGCGAAUGGCUCAGAAGGACCAGCAAGAGGUUCUGCGUCUCUUUAGGUCCGGUGUCAUCUCCGUAUUAGUUUCGACAACGGUAGUCGAAGUCGGCAUUGACGUGCCUAACGCCGCGUUCAUCGUUGUUGAUUCUGCUGAGAGGUUUGGAAUUAGCCAACUGCACCAGCUGCGAGGCAGAGUCAUGCGAGAUCCUACACAGUCGGCCUUAUGCUAUCUGCUCUUCGAUUCGUCCGGCAAGGGCCUCGACGAGAGGGCAGUGGCACGUCUAACCGCAGCAGCCGCCACGACCGACGGCUUCUGCAUUGCUUCCAGGGAUGCAAGCCUGCGCGGCAGCGGAACUCUCUUUGGCUCUCUUCAGCAUGGCCGAACUGACGUCGGGCUUUUUACUGGGAUUCCGCUCGAGGAGCGACUCAAGCUCCAAAGGGAAGCUGCUCAAGACGCACGAGAACUCUUGCAGAUUUACCUGCGAGACGAAGGCUCUAGCAGGGGCCCUGAAAGCUCACCAGGGCCUUUACCUCUCUUACAGGCUUUGCCAGGAGCGGCAAGCGUGCAGGCUUCCUUAGAAGGUCUUAAGGAAGGGAGUUCUUGGAAUUUUAGCAAGGGAUGCGGUAAGAGCGUUUGCCCGCAGGACGCCGCUCUGCACAGCACAACGACUGAAAAGGAGGCAGUGCUAGGGGUCCCCAAAGCUCCGGCUCCCCCAGAGGCCCCCGCAUGUGCGGCCGGAGAGCAGCAGAAGAGCAGGGCCCUACAAGAAUCCUUGGCUAGGGAAACAAGGGACCUAGUGGAUGCUGUUCAAGUGCUGAUGCCUCAAGAGAAGACAGACUGGAUCCUUUCUAUAUAG